CGCAUGCUCAGUGUUUUCGCGCGCGCUCGCGAGAGAGGAUGGCGGGGGCCGCGCCGGGCGCCAUCAUGGACGAGGACUACUUCGGGAACGCGGCCGAGUGGGGCGACGAGGCGGAAGGCGGCCAGGAGGAUGACUAUGGAGAGGGAGAAGACGACGCUGAGGUCCAGCAGGAGUGCCUACAUAAAUUUUCUACCCGGGAUUAUAUAAUGGAGCCCUCCAUCUUUAACACUUUGAAGAGGUAUUUUCAGGCAGGAGGAUCUCCAGAAAACGUUAUCCAGCUCUUGUCAGAGAACUACACGGCUGUGGCGCAGACUGUCAACCUCCUGGCCGAGUGGCUCAUCCAGACAGGUGUUGAGCCAGUGCAGGUUCAGGAAACUGUGGAAAAUCACCUGAAGAGUUUACUGAUCAAACAUUUCGACCCCCGCAAAGCAGACUCUAUCUUUACUGAAGAAGGAGAGACCCCUGCUUGGCUUGAACAAAUGAUUGCACACACCACCUGGAGAGACCUUUUUUACAAGCUGGCUGAAGCCCACCCAGACUGUUUGAUGCUUAACUUCACUGUUAAGCUUAUUUCUGAUGCAGGAUACCAAGGGGAGAUCACCAGUGUGUCCACAGCCUGCCAACAGCUGGAGGUGUUUUCUAGAGUGCUCCGUACUUCUCUAGCUACAAUUUUGGAUGGAGGAGAAGAAAACCUUGAAAAAAAUCUCCCUGAGUUUGCAAAGAUGGUGUGCCACGGGGAGCACACGUACCUGUUUGCACAGGCCCUGAUGUCUGUGCUGGCCCAGGAGGAGCAGGGGGGCUCGGCUGUGCGCAGGAUUGCACAAGAGGUUCAGCGCUUUGCCCAGGAGAGAGGCCACGACGCCAGUCAAAUCACACUGGCACUGGGCACAGCUGCCUCCUACCCCCGGGCGUGCCAGGCCCUUGGGGCCAUGCUGUCCAAGGGAGCCCUGAACCCGGCCGACAUCACAGUCCUGUUCAAGAUGUUUACAAGCAUGGACCCGCCCCCUGUUGAACUCAUCCGGGUACCCGCCUUCCUGGACCUGUUUAUGCAGUCACUCUUUAAACCCGGGGCCAGGAUCAACCAGGACCACAAGCACAAGUAUAUCCACAUUUUGGCCUAUGCAGCGAGCGUGGUGGAGACCUGGAAGAAGAACAAGCGUGUCAGCAUCAAUAAAGACGAGCUGAAGUCCACGUCAAAAGCUGUUGAGACUGUUCACAACCUGUGUUGCAAUGAGAACAAGGGGGCGUCGGAGCUCGUGGCUGAGCUGAGCACCCUCUAUCAGUGUAUCCGGUUUCCAGUGGUGGCCAUGGGGGUGCUGAAGUGGGUAGACUGGACUGUGUCGGAGCCGAGGUACUUCCAGCUGCAGACCGACCACACCCCGGUGCACCUGGCGCUGCUGGAUGAGAUUAGCACCUGCCAUCAGCUCCUGCAUCCCCAGGUCCUGCAGCUGCUGGUGAAGCUCUUCGAGACGGAGCACUCGCAGCUGGACGUGAUGGAGCAGCUUGAGUUGAAGAAGACGCUCCUGGACAGGAUGGUGCACCUGCUGAGCCGGGGCUACGUGCUUCCCGUGGUCAGUUACAUCCGCAAGUGUCUGGAGAAGCUGGACACUGACAUUUCCCUCAUUCGCCACUUUGUGACCGAGGUGCUGGAUGUCAUUGCGCCCCCCUACACCUCUGACUUUGUGCAGCUUUUCCUCCCCAUCCUGGAGAACGAUAGCAUUGCUGGCACCAUUAAAACCGAAGGUGAACAUGACCCCGUGACAGAGUUCAUAGCUCACUGCAAGUCUAACUUCAUCCUGGUGAACUGAUUCAGAGCAUCCCCAGAGUGGAGCCGGGCCCUCCGGGAGACCUCUGUGGAAUAACCCUUUGCAGAAGCCGUUGUUGAAGAGGCCCCGUCAGCGUCUUGGAAAUGGGCUCUGAUGGGAGGAGGUGAAGGACUUCUGUGUAAAGGAAAAUGUUAGCAGUAUAAGGGGAAAACUUGGGAAUGGGCCCUCUCCUUGUAAGUCCAGGACUGCCCCCUGGAUCCUGUCUAGCGUCACUUCCCCUGGUAGUGGACUGGGCUCCCAAGACCCCUUAGGAUGUAGCCAGCCGUCAGCCCUGGGGUGGUAGAAUUCAGAGACUGAGACACUCAGAUGAACUGUUUUCAAAGUUGAUUUUUGUUUUUGCACAAGAUCUGAUUGGUUCAUAUUAUUGUGAUUACUUUUAUUUUCCAAGAAAUAUAAAAGCUUUUCUGUGGUGGGAAGGUGUGGAUUCUGAUGUCAUGUCGUUCUUAUGUGUAAAUAAAGCAUUCA